CAUACACUGCGCAAGCACACCGGUUAACUCCCUAAUAAAAACAAGCUGAGCCUCUGACUUCAUUUUUACAUUUUCUUUUUAUAACAAAAGCGUUUUAUUUUUUUUUUGGUGAGGAAGCACAAGCCACUGCUUGGAGUUACUGCUGAGUUAGUUCACUUUGUUGACAGUCUUUGUUUACAGUAACUGAGAAACGGGUUAGCAUUGUUGAGGCCUGGAGUUACAUGGUAUUGUUCUUUCACUGGAGACUUCCUGAAGGGAUAAAGCAGCCAGCAGACACCGGCUUAAUGUAGGAAUUCCAUGGAUGUGUAAGGUAAAGAAAGAGCUCUGUGAUGUCGUUCUUUGGUUUGGACUGCCGGAAGAAGAAAGACAAAGAGGAAGAGAGGCACCUACGAGCGAAUGAUAGAGAAUUCAAUCUAACAUUCCAGUAUGCGACGAACGCCAUUAAAACCUCGAAAUACAAUUUGUUUACAUUCCUACCGAUGAACCUUUUCGAGCAGUUCCAAAGGAUUGCCAAUGCCUACUUUCUGUUCCUGUUGAUUUUGCAGCUAAUUCCACAAAUCUCCUCGCUGUCGUGGUUCACCACAGUUGUGCCCCUGAUGCUAGUGUUGGCUGCAACAGCUAUCAAAGAUGCCAUUGAGGAUUUUAAUCGACACAAAAGUGACAGACAGGUCAACAACCGGCAGGUUAAGGUCCUCAUGGAUGGACAGCUGAAAAGUGAAAAAUGGAUGAACAUUCAAGUGGGUGACAUAAUCAAACUGGAAAAUAACCAGUUUGUUACAGCAGAUUUGCUUUUGCUGUCUAGUAGUGAACCACUAAGUUUGGUAUACAUAGAGACUGCUGAGUUGGAUGGAGAAACUAACCUGAAGGUGAAGCAGAGUCUGACAGUCUCAGGAGAUAUGGGAGAUGACUUUGAGGCACUUGCUGGUUUUAAUGGUGAGGUCAGAUGCGAGCCGCCCAACAACCGCCUGGAUAAGUUUACAGGGACUUUGCUGUUCAAGGAGCAGAAGUAUUCACUGGACAACGACAAGAUCCUGUUGAGGGGCUGCACUCUCAGGAACACAGAGUGGUGCUACGGGCUUGUCAUCUUCGCAGGUCCAGAGACUAAAUUAAUGCAGAACUGUGGCAAAACGACCUUCAAACGAACCAGCAUUGAUCGACUAAUGAAUGUUCUUGUGCUGUGGAUUUUUGGGUUUCUGGCUCUCAUGUGUAUUAUCCUGGCCAUCGGCAAUGGGAUUUGGGAGUCUCAGAAAGGAUUUUAUUUCCAAGUGUUCCUGCCCUGGCCAGAGAGUGUCCCGAACUCUGCUUUCUCUGCGUUCCUCACCUUCUGGUCCUACGUCAUCAUCCUCAACACAGUGGUGCCUAUAUCCCUUUAUGUCAGCGUGGAGAUUAUCCGGUUAGGGAACAGCUUCUACAUCGACUGGGACAGGAAGAUGUACUACCCACGCAGUGACACGCCCGCUGAGGCGCGCACUACCACCCUGAACGAGGAGCUCGGACAGAUCAAGUACAUCUUCUCAGACAAGACCGGAACCCUCACACAGAACAUCAUGACCUUCAAUAUGUGCUCCAUCAACGGGAAGUCCUACGGAGAGGUGUUUGAUUUCGCUGGGCAAAGAAUGGAAAUCACUGAGAGGACACCCAAGGUAGAUUUCUCCUUCAACCGGCUGGCAGACCCCAAGUUUGUGUUCCAUGACCACAGCCUGGUGGAGGCAGUGAAGCUGGGAACCCCGGAGGUGCACGCAUUCUUCCGGCUGCUCUCACUUUGCCACACCGUCAUGCCUGAGGAGAAGGAGGAAGGUGAGCUGCUGUACCAGGCUCAGUCUCCAGACGAGGGCGCUCUAGUCACGGCUGCCCGUAACUUUGGCUUUGUGUUCCACUCGCGCACCCCGGAGUCCAUCACCGUGGUUGAGAUGGGAGAGACGAAGACCUACGAGCUGCUCGCCAUCCUCGACUUUAACAAUGUCAGGAAGAGGAUGUCUGUCAUUGUACGCGGCCCUGAAGGGAAGCUGACCCUGUACUGCAAGGGAGCCGACACCAUUAUAUAUGAGAGACUUCAUCCUGCCUGCAAAACGCUAAAGGACGUCACCACUGAACACCUUGACGAGUUUGCUGGGGAAGGCCUGCGCACUCUGGUCCUGGCCUAUAAGGACUUGGAGGAAGGGUAUUUUGAGGACUGGAAGGCCCGUCACCACGAAGCCAGCACAGCACUGGAGGAGAGGGAAGAGAAACUGGAUGAGCUCUACGAGGAGAUUGAGAAGAACCUACAGUUACUAGGUGCCACAGCAAUAGAAGACAAGCUGCAGGAUGGAGUGCCUCAGACGAUUGAACAGCUGGCCAAAGCUGACAUUAAGAUGUGGGUGCUCACAGGAGAUAAACAAGAGACUGCUGAGAACAUCGGCUAUGCGUGCAACAUGCUGCGAGAGGAGAUGAACGAGGUGUUUAUCAUCUCCGCAAACACAGCUGAGGGUGUGCGAGUGGAACUGAGCAAUGCACGGAGGAAAAUCAAACCAGAAACCGUUGAAGCUGAGACGAUCAUUGAAGUGAAGCAGCCCAGAAAGAAGUCAACGGUGCUACCGGAAGACACUGUGGACGGGGAGUAUGGUCUUGUCAUCAACGGACAUAGCUUGGCAUUCGGUCUAGAGAAGAGCAUGGAGGUGGAGUUCCUCAGGACCGCCUGCAUGUGUAAAACUGUCAUCUGCUGCCGAGUGACACCGCUGCAGAAAGCCCAGGUGGUGCAGCUGGUCAAGAAGUACAAGAAUGCCAUCACUCUGGCCAUCGGGGAUGGAGCCAACGACGUCAGCAUGAUCAAAGCUGCCCACAUUGGGGUGGGAAUCAGUGGGCAGGAGGGGAUGCAGGCUGUCCUCUCCAGCGAUUUCUCCUUUGCCCAGUUCCGCUACCUGCAGCGCCUCCUGCUGGUCCAUGGCAGGUGGUCCUACAUCCGCAUGUGCAAGUUCCUCAACUACUUUUUCUACAAGAACUUCACCUUCACCCUGGUCCACUUCUGGUAUGGCUUCUUCUGUGGAUUCUCUGCACAGACUGUGUAUGACGAGUGGUAUAUCACCCUCUACAACCUGGUUUAUACCUCUCUGCCUGUGUUGGGGAUGAGCCUUUUUGAUCAGGAUGUGAGUGACCGCUGGAGUAUGGAGUACCCGAAGCUUUAUGAGCCGGGGCAGCUCAAUAUGUAUUUCAGCAUAGGUGCCUUCGCCAAGUGUCUGCUCCAUGGCAUCUACAGCUCGCUUAUCCUCUUCUUUAUCCCCUACGGAGCCAUGUAUGACACGAUGCGGGAUGAUGGCAAGGACCUUGCUGACUACCAGUCCUUUGCCCUGCUUGCACAGACCUGCCUGCUGAUCGCUGUCUCCAUCCAGCUUGGGCUGGAUACUGCCUACUGGACAUCGGUUAAUCAGUUAUUUAUGUGGGGCAGCCUGGCCAUCUACUUUGCCAUCACUCUCACCAUGUACAGCAAUGGGAUGUAUCUCAUCUUCACAGCUUCCUUCCCCUUCGUUGGCACUGCGAGGAAUUCCCUGAACCAGCCCAAUGUCUGGCUGACCAUCCUUCUCACCACCAUCCUCUGUGUGCUGCCCGUGGUGGCCUACAGGUUCAUCCGGGCAGAGCUUCGACCCACCAUCAACGACAAGGUGCGGUAUAAGGUCAGCCAAUCCAAGCAAGCUCCUCCCCCGCAGGCCGCCAGGACUCGGAUCAGAAGGACUAGCUCUCGCCGCUCGGGCUAUGCCUUCUCUCACGCACAGGGCUACGGUGACCUCAUCACCUCGAAUAGAUACCUGCGCAGGAACAUGGCCACCUUCAGCCCCAGAGCCAAGACAAACUCCAAGCAGCCAGGAACUGUCCUGAAAACUUAUAGGGCCGUUAAGGAUACCGCCCUUGACAAAACACUCUAAGCAUGCUGCCUCAGCAUUUGGACAAGCCACUUUACAUUGGGCAUGGGAGGCCUUAAUUGCUACUAAGCACUCGCAUUCCAGUCAACUGUGUAGCGUGUAUCUUGUACAAUUUUAAUAGAAGUUCAGAUUACUCUGCCUGUUUGGUAGCUUUUGAUGUUAUCAUGCAGCAGUCCUUGAUGACAGCUUUUGAGCCAAAUCUGCAGUACAAGUGAACCAAUUGUUUUCAUUUUGUGAGAGCUAUAUCGAACAGACACAAUACAUCUAAUCUGAACUCAUGCAAACGUUUGGCCAAACCUUCAGAUUGACACGUAGAUGUUGUGUAGCCUAAUUGUAUGAUCCAUAAAAUGUUGGGAACAGUUUUUUUAAGCUUUUUACCCCAAAGAUUAAUUUGCACUGAUAAUUACAACAUAAUUAAAUGGAAUGUACAGGAAGUAUUUGUAUUUGUUAAUUUCAGUUAGCUAAUAAUAAAUUGUACUUUUGGGAAAUAAAUAUAGAGAAUUACACAAAGCACCUUGGUCUUAUUAGCAGGAAGGCCGAUCACUUAAAUACUGUAUCACUAAUUCCUUUUUAGAAACUUGAUUGUGUGCCACUCAGUAUCAUCACAUACUACACUGGAUUGUAUUUACAUAAUUAAAAUGUUCUUUUGCUUUCUGAUAGCUAUCAGAGAAGGGUUUACAGAUAAUGUAAAAGGGUAACUGUAUGGUUGAACUUCUGUAUGUUUGUUUCUUGUAAACAACUGCAGUGGGAGGGAAAACUAUUUGCAAUUCACUGCUUGAGCCUGGAAUACACUGACCUUACCUAGAGUAACCAAAAGACUGUGUAUUGAAAUGUGUUUCCAUUUAACCAAAACUUUAAGUACAUAAAAACGCUGAAAAGAUACAUCACGUUUAAAGUGUAGAUUCUCUUUGGGAAAUUACAAUUUAAAACUAUGUAAUUUAUGGGUUUUUUAGAUAAAAGAAAGUGCACAAAAAAAAAAAAAAAAAAAUCUGCUUUCAGUUAUUAUUUUGGCUAUUUGCCUGACUUCAGGAGGGGCUACUGAAAAAAGAUGACAUUUCAUUGUCUGUAUUGGUUGUGAAAUAUCAACAUUAUGUAUCGUUUGUCAAAUAUCAACAUUAUGUAUCGUUUGUCAAAUAUCAACAUUAUGUAUCGUUUGUCAAAUAUCAACAUUAUGUAUCGUUUGUCAAAUAUCAACAUUAUGGGUUGCUACCUGGUUGCAUCAAAAGUUGAUCGGAGAUACUGGUGGUCAGGCAACUAGCUUCUAACAGACUAGAGGCCAGGCAGAGGGACAGAAUCUCAUGGCAUCACUUCUGAUAGUAUCAACACAACAGUGGUAUCAACAAUCCUUCUGUACGUUUACAGACGUCCAAAGAAUACUCAUAGUUCCUCAAGAGAAACCUGUUUUUGUAUCUUUACCAAUAUUGUUCCGUAAAUGUGUAGUAAUGUCACAGUGAAUGGUGACAGCAAUAACUGUGUGUUUGUUUUUUUCAUAUUAAUAAAAAAAUGGCUAUUUAGAUGUCCAUCGAAAACUCCCAAGUAAUCUGUUUAAUUAAGUGACUGUGUAUACUGUUUUAUAAAACAAGCAGCCAAAAUAAAUGUUUGAUAUUUUUUUAUGCAA